AUGAGGCCGCUGCAGGUGCUGCCCCUCCCCCACCUGGCGCUGCUGCUGCUGCUGCUGCUGCUGAGCCCCGCGGGGGGCGGGGCCGCGCACCUGGCACACCUGGGACAGCCCCAGGUAGCCCCGGAGUCGCCGCUGGAGCCGAGAGCGCCGGCCCCGAUGGGGGAUGGGCAGCGCACCUGGCGCGGCCGCCGGCACAGCCCCCACUUCCCGCUCUGCUCCUUCUGCUGCGCCUGCUGCAACAACCCCGGCUGCGGCUUCUGCUGCCGCACCUGAGCGCACCUGGGCGCACCUGGGCACGGCUGAGAUACACCUGAGAGACACCUGAGAGA